GGAGCGUGGCUUCCAUUCGCCCAAGCCUUUCGAGUCGUCUUCUCCCCUUCUUCUCCUCCUCCUCCUCGAUUCGGAGCUCCACCCGCAGCCAUGGCUAAGAACUACCCCGUCGUGAGCGCCGAGUACCAGGAGGCCGUCGAGAAGGCCAGGCAGAAGCUGCGCGCCCUCAUCGCCGAGAAGAGCUGCGCCCCUCUCAUGCUCCGCCUCGCGUGGCACUCGGCGGGGACGUUCGACGUGUCGUCGAAGACCGGGGGCCCGUUCGGGACGAUGAAGACCCCGGCGGAGCUGUCGCACGCCGCCAACGCGGGGCUGGACAUCGCGGUGCGGAUGCUCGAGCCCAUCAAGGAGGAGAUACCCACCAUCUCCUACGCCGAUUUCUACCAGCUUGCCGGAGUUGUGGCCGUCGAGGUGUCCGGUGGACCUGCCGUCCCCUUCCACCCAGGAAGGGAGGACAAACCUGCACCCCCACCUGAGGGCCGUCUUCCUGAUGCUACCAAGGGUUCUGACCACCUAAGGCAGGUCUUCGGUGCGCAGAUGGGCUUGAGUGAUCAGGACAUUGUUGCCCUCUCUGGCGGUCACACCCUGGGAAGGUGCCACAAGGAAAGAUCUGGUUUUGAGGGACCUUGGACAAGAAACCCUCUGCAGUUUGACAACUCUUACUUCACGGAGCUUCUGAGUGGUGACAAGGAGGGCCUUCUUCAGCUUCCUAGUGACAAAGCCCUGCUGAGUGACCCUGCCUUCCGCCCACUCGUCGAGAAAUAUGCUGCAGAUGAGAAGGCUUUCUUUGAAGACUACAAGGAGGCCCACCUCAAGCUCUCCGAACUGGGGUUCGCUGAUGCUUAAGAGGUUUCUAGUCUACUACUGCUAGUACAUUGCCCGUGGUACUCUUGUUUUGCAUCUAGGCUAGGGCCAGUGUGAACCAGCAGACUACCACUGUGAGUCGCCUCUGUAAUAAAAUUUGUUCGGCCUAUGGCCAUCCUCAGUACGUUGUCAAUGUCUCGGUGGGCUGUUAUGCUCAACUGCAAUGCUGCAUCCACUGAAACCUCUUUCUAGAUGUGUUGGUAUGAAAUGCGGUAUUGCGUUCCCGAUUUCCCCUGCUA